GGGGCUUCUCUUCUUAUUGCAGAAGUAGCCCCCAUGUUCACGUGAUCCGUUCUUUCCCAUCUUGCCCUAUAUAUUCAUAUAACCUUUCUUAUCUUUCCUCCAUCCUCUCUUCUCAACAUGGAGUCAUCCAAACUCUCAUCUCUUUCUCUCUGUUUUAUUCUCAUUUGCAUUAUCUUUUUUCCCCAACAAUCCUUCUCAUGCGGCUCCUGCAACCCCCCCAGGAAGGGUGGAAAACCCUCCAUUAAACCCCCUGUAACUGUCCCUAAGCUACCUGUUCCUCCAGUGACUGUCCCUAAGCUUCCGGUUCCACCGGUGACAGUUCCCAAGCUACCUGUUCCUCCAGUGACUGUCCCUAAGCUUCCAGUUCCACCAGUGACAGUUCCCAAGCUACCUGUUCCUCCUGUGGCCGUACCAAAACUACCCGUACCUCCCGUGACAGUCCCAGAACUACCACUUCCUCCGGUGGGAGGGCUACCCAUACCUCCAGUGGGAGGGCUACCACUACCUCCAGUGGGAGGGCUACCCAUACCUCCGGUGGGAGGACUACCCAUACCUCCGGUGGGAGGGCUACCCAUACCUCCGGUGGGAGGACUACCAAUACCUCCGGUGGGAGGACUACCCAUACCUCCGGUGGGAGGGCUACCAAUACCUCCAGUGGGAGGGGUACCCACAAAGCCUCCUGCUGCAGGAGGAAAAGAUUGCCCUCCACCCCCGGGUAGCCAUAAGAAACCUCCAGGCACUAAGAAGGCAACAUGUCCAAUAGACACGCUGAAGUUGGGUGCAUGUGUUGACUUGUUGGGAGGUUUAGUAAAGAUAGGGCUUGGAGACCCAGCCGUUAACAAAUGCUGUCCGCUACUUAAAGGCCUCGUCGAAGUCGAGGCAGCAGCUUGUCUCUGCACUACACUCAAGCUUAAAGCUCUUAACCUUAAGUUGUACGUCCCAGUUGCUCUUCAGCUUCUUCUUACCUGUGGCAAAAACCCACCUCCGGGCUACACUUGUUCCGUCUGAGAAAUUCAAUCCAGUUAAAGGAUAACUUGGAGAGAAAUGUUAUGGCAGAGCUCCAGUUUUUCCUUUCGCGUGUAUUAAUCAUGUCAAAUCCUUUCCCUUUGAUUCUUUCACAUAUCUGUCCCUUCUGCUUUUAUCGUUGUGGUUUCUAGAUUAAUUAUUCUUCUCUUGUAUGAAAGUUCGAUCUGAAUUUAUUUUCAUUAAGAUACUGAAUGAAUUGAACUGUGUGAAAAUAGUAUUGUAAAACAACAUGGAAACAAGAGAAUGUAAGAUGUGUUACAAAAAAACAAGAGGAUGUAAUAAAAACAUAGUAGAACCCAUACUGAGUUUCUA